CCUACAUGCACACUCUCACACACACAAGUCCUGUCGGCCGGAUGAACACAGUCUGAGUCUGCUUUACAGCUGCAGCAGCAUUCCUAGUGUUUACACCCUGAGAGACGCUGAAAGUUGAAGAAACAGUCUGAAAUGCUGGUGACCACUCAACCAGUUGACAUGACAGGAACCCCUCAUCUGGGCUCUACAGCCGUCGAUAACUCAACCUUCCUGGACUCUGAGUUUCGCUAUGUGCUCUUCCCCGUCGUCUAUGGCAUCAUCUUCAUCGUGGGCGUCUUUGCUAACAUCUACGUAUUGUUCGUUCUCCGCUGCCUCCGGGAAGCCAAAGCCAUGGGCGAAAUCCGCAUCUACAUGACCAACUUGACCAUCGCUGAUCUCCUAUUUGUGUCUGCCCUCCCUUUUUGGAUCGGGUACUACAGCCGUAAUGGCACUUGGGUCUACGGAGACUUCAUGUGUCGGCUGACGGGCUCGUUCUUCUUCAUCAACACCUACGGCACCAUCCUCUUCCUGGGAGCCAUCAGCGUCAACCGAUACUGGGCGGUCACUCGGCCUCUGGACGCGGCGUCUUCAGACCACAGGCGUCGUGGGAUCAUCGUGUGCGUCGUCAUCUGGGUAUUCACCCUGUCGUUGGCUGUUCCAUAUCUGGCAUAUCCAGGAACCAACACCGACUCCAACAACGUCACUCGCUGUUUUGAAGGAUACCAGAACGAAACAAACUUUGAAAAGAAAAAAGUGGCUGUCACUCAUUUUUUAAUAAUUGGAAUGUUCUUCCUUGUCUUUUUCCUUGUUGUGGUGUGCAACUUCCUCAUCGCUCGGGCCUUACUUUCUCAAAAUGUUCCUCAGUCAGAAUUUCAAUCUUCAACAAUUAAACACCGUAAGUCCAAGAGGACCAUGUCUUCUUCAACGACAAGGCCCCGAGGGGUGAAGCGGAGGGCUCUGCAGAUGUUGUUGGCAGUAGUGGGAGUAUUUGUCCUGUGUUUCCUGCCCCACCAUGUAGUUCAGGGUUUCUGGACGCUGGCAGUACUGCAGAUCACAGAGGGUUGGGGCCACGUGAACUGGGACGAGAACACUCGUCAGAUGCUCAAUGACAUACAUCAGGUCACUUUGGUUCUCAUGGGCCUCAACUGCAUUUUGGAUCCUAUGGUUUAUUAUUUUGCCACAAGGAAGUUUAGGAGGUUCAUUAUGGCACACCUUAAAAAGUUAGUGAAGGGAGAAGGAUGCUCGCAUACAGUCACUUCACAGCUGUCCAUGGACAGCAGGAAUCAUAGCCAGAGACUCCAGAGUGAGCACCAGCAACCCAGAGACGACAGAUUCAAAGAUUAGCAGUAUUAAAAUGUAGAUAUAAUGACUAUCAUGCUGCUGUUAAAAAUGGCAAAAUUUACGUUCUUUUGAUGCAUCUCUUGAGCUCAGCAAGAGUUCAAGUGUUUAGAAUUGGUGGCUUUACACCCGCACAGACAAUGUAGUGUGCAAAAAUGUGUGAAAAAUUAUCUCACAGUUAAUAUUUUGUCAUACAUGUAAGAUCUGUGGUCUGAAUUGCACCAGUAUUUCUGCCCUUCCUGUGUGCAGCACAAACUGAACUGCAGAAGUUUUGCAAGCAGAAGUAAGUAACGCUGACGAUUCUACAGAAGGAUGACGUUGAAUGAUGGAGACGUUAGACAUGUUAUUUCAAUCUUCACACUGGUGUUUUUGGCACAAAGUAGGGCGCUAAAAGCAGCAAAGAAGUCAAGGAUGAUACAAAUAUAAAAAGUCUAUGGCCACCUCCUUUUGGGCAUAUCAGGCACUCGAAUAGACACACACUUGAACUUCACAAACUGGAUAUUAUAUCAGCAAAAAUGUGAUAAUGAGAUUGUUGUCUGCCCUUAGGGAAGUAUCUUUCUUUUUUUUAACAUUGCUUGGGCAACUUAUUUCUGGUAUUGUGACACUAGGGAACAGAAGUAAUAAUGCCUGAGUUGUGUUUCCCCUCUGGCAUCCAAUAUUGUGACAUUGCAUCUACGACUCAUGGUAAAAAUCCCAUGAUUCACUGUGAAAAAGAAAGCCAGUGCUUGUAAUUAUUCAGCUAUUUGCUGUAUAUGUACAACACUGUAUUAUACAUUUUCGGCGAGCUUAUUUGUUUUUGCAAAUCAGAUGUAUGAUGUAUUUUUUUAUUCAGAGUAGCAGCUUUAUUAUCUUGUGCAGUGUUAUUUUGAUGUUAAAAAAGGAAAAUGAGCUGUUUGUUCAUGUAUAUAGCCUUGUCUUUUAAUAAAACCAUUAUUUCCGUGUAAA